AGUCAAUCUGACCACGACCGGCACUUACGGUCUCGCAGGGGCCCGGGGUUUCGUCUUCGAGCCCGAAGCCUGGCUGGUGCUGCUGUCACUCUCGUUGUUUGACAUGAGAGCGGUGCUGGGGUGUGUCGGUGUUGCGUAUGUAGAUGUGCAGUUUGGAUGGGUGGCUUUAUGUUCGCGCGCGCUGGGUGGUGAGCGUAUGUGAUCUAGAUCGGCCCGUGCUUCUCGGGGAAAGCCAGACAAGCCCUAUUCCGAUUCGCGGAGAUAAUGAUGGAGUGGCCAACGGGGGCAGCAGGCAGCGUAGCGAGGAUGUGCAGCCCGCCCAGCGAGGAGAUUUUGUCGGACUCAGAACUAGCAGGCGUCCUCCUCGUCGCGUCUUCUGUCUUGACCGCUCGACAGCACAGGCGCCCGGCGGAGGGUCCGCGAUCUGAAACCCAUUCAUCCGCCGAGACAAUAAGUCGC